UCGAUAUUCUGAGGGUGUCGUCUGCUGUUCCCCGUCAGUUGAUUGUAAACACUGGCGAUGGCGAGUAGUGUAAGUGGGAGGGAGUGUGGGGUGGUGUCACUACUAUACUGGAUUACGGAUUAAUACACGGUUAAAACCACGCCAUGUCACUUAGGGUGUGCACGAGAUUCGACCAACGACUACACGCAGCAGCUGUGAAGGGUGACGUCGAGGAUGCUGUGAGGGUUCUCGACACGGGGAGGGUCCACGUCGACUGCGCCGAUAGGGAUGGCACCACUCCUCUCAUUCUGGCAGCGGCGAAUGGGCACGUGGAAUUGGUCAGGGAGUUGCUGGAACAGGGAGCUGAGCCUAAUGCGACUAGGCAUACUGGAACGGGAGCUCUGUUCUUCGCAGCCCAGGGAGGAUUCUUGGACAUUGUUAAUCUACUUCUCGACAACGGCGGGAAGAUUAACCAAGCCUCGAAGGAUGGUGGCACAGCCUUGAUCGUGGCUGCCCAGUGUGGUCACUGGGAUGUAGUGCAAGAAUUGUUACGCCGAGGUGCUGACCCACAAAGUGCUAUGAAAGACAGAGCCACUGCGGUCUUUGUCGCUGCGCAGAAUGGCCACACUAGUGUCGUCCGGACGCUGCUCGCAGCUGGUGCUAAGGCUAAUGUAAGGAGGUUAGAUGGUGCCAGUCCAUUAUGGAUUGCCUCGCAGAUGGGCCAUCAUGCAGUAGUACGUUUACUUCUGAACCAUGGCACCAAUGUAGAUAUAUGUAGACAUGAUGGCGCAACUCCAUUAUUUAAAGCUGCUCAUAAGGGACAUGUGGAAGUUGUGCAUGAGCUCCUACCAUAUAAGCCCCAUCUUGGCCUGCUAAGGAAUGGAGAAAGUGCUUUGCAUGCUGCUGCACUUUAUGGCCACAUCAGAGUGCUGAGAGCUCUGGUUCAAGCUGGUGCUGACCCAGGACUUAAAAAUGAUCAGGGUCUGACGCCUAUACAGAUUGCUUCUCAGGCUAAUCACCCUGAAGCCGUCCAGCUAUUAAAAGAGGCAUUAGCUAAAAGAAAAGAAGCGGGUCAGACUACACCAAAGCAGACGUCCCCUGGGCCACGAUCUCCUAGGCUUGUCCAAAGUAUGUCUGGCAAUGUAGGUUCUGGCCCCCAGAGUCAGAAUAGUAGUAGGGGAUCCUCUAGAAACAGCUCUUUAGGAACAAUAGUUGAAACCAGCCCAGUGUUGCCUAGGUCUGUGAGUUCUCCAGGAAAUUCCAAGCCAGCCCAGUAUGUGUCUUGUGAACUCAGUAACAUGGUAGAUGGUGGAGCCCGUCCAAGAGCUCCGCUAGCCACUGGGUCUUGUUCAUCUGUUGCUGGUCGCACUCCAUGUUCUUCGAAUCCCUCACCUUCGCCCAGCAUAUCUAGUGAGCCUCCACAGUCCAUGAUUGCAGCACUGCAAAAAGCACCCCGGCAUGCUUCUCACACCGAUGUCAGCAGUGUUAAGAACAUUUUCCGCAGAACUCUUGCAUCUUUUAGGCGUUCUAGCAUAGUGAAAAGAAAUGAUAAGCCACCAGAACCAUGACCAGGUUUUCUUCUUUCUUGUUUAUAUAUUUCGUUCUUAUUUACUUAUAUGCUUUCCAAACUGAACGAUAUUUCAGUACAAAUGCUUUACAAGUCACUGGUGAUAUUAGAAUAGGAAGAUACCUACUGUAAAAGGAAAUUUGUUGCUAUUGCAGUGUAAUUUUAAAAAGAGGGGAAAUUCAUAAAUGAAACUUAGCAAAAUUAAAGGCUUUGAUGAAAUUCUGAUGAGUGAACAUCAAACUCACAUUGCUGUGAUUAUUCUGCCAAAUCUUUAGUCUGUAAAUUUUAAGAAGCCUUUAAACACAAUCAUAAUUGGUCAGCAUAUCAGAGGUUCCAUUGCUGAGCUGCCAUUCAAUUAAUUCCAUAUUAUGGAAUUAAUUGAAUGGCAGCUCAGCAAUACAAUUCAAUUAAUUCCAUAUUAUGGUUAAAUAUUGUUCAUCACAGAAAAAUUAACUUUUUAAUGUACAAGAGCUAUUUACGAAAGGCAAGUAAAAAAAUUGAUAGAGGAAGUACUUACAGGAUCAUCUGUAUUAGAUGUAAGAAAAUUUUAAAAAGGUACACUGCUGUAACCUGGAAGAGAAAUGAGGGCACUGAGUUAGUUUAUGUUAUGCUGUAGUUGAUGGAAUUUUGUUUUUGUUAAAUUCCAUAUAACUUAAAGCACCUUAAUUGUUCGAUGUGUAAAUCUUAAAAUCUGUAAGCAUUCCUAAAAUAAGAAUCACUGAUACCUCUGAAAUGUUACAUUUUAAAAUUACCCAUUACUGUAUUGAAAGUAAUUAGCAUGAAAGUAUGAAUAUUGUAAACUUGUUUUAUUAUAAAAAUUAUUUUGACUCAAAAUUUGUUUAAGUGCUGAGAGUUCUGUCUGUAUGCAUAAUGGGUAAUAAUUAAGUGUAGUGUAGAGGUGGAAUCACACUCAAACAAUGGCUACAAAAUUGCAUUUAACAUUUUGAAAAACCUCUUAUAUCUUUAGCCUAUCCUACUUAUACUAGUUCAUUAAAAAUAAUGCAAAUGGCUUCCUUUCUGAAAAUUGAAUUUGUGUUGAAUAUUGAGACAGACAUUUAAUCUUUUGUAAAUGACCAUUGGCAUACAGUUGGAGAUAGUUUUGAGACAUACAUUUACUCUGGUAAAUGACCACAGGUAUACAGGGAGAUAAAGCUGUUAGCUGUACGGUUUUUGUAUGGGAAAAGUAAAUUAUUAUUCAAGAUUACCUGUAGCUGAACUAAAUUCUUUUUUACUUUUAUAGGUAAAAAUACGAGAGGUUAUUUCUAGCCAUUACAGAUGUGAAGAGAUAAACACAGUUCAUUUAUAAUUACAGAUUAUUACCGUACUCAUGCCUUCAUUCAAAUAGAUGGUCUGAAUUUCAUAGUUACCCCUGCAAAUACUGGGGUGAUAUAAAUGCAAAUCAUGGUAAUUCUUACUUUUAAGUAGCACUGCAUGGUUGCAUGAUCCUAGAUAUGUAUGUAAAGUGCAGUGCAGACUCUGCUAUAGCAUACAAUGCAACAUUCUCAUCCAUGGGAGCCUAAUGUUCUGAAUCAUUAAUUUUAGAGAACUGAACUGUAAUUUGUGUGAUAAUCUCCACGCUAACAAAAUAAAUGUGAUCAAUUUUCUGAAAAUUAGUCCUGUCCAUUACUCGCCAUUUCAACAGGAAAUAAAGUUAAACCAGAAAAUUUUAACGAGGAAAUAAAAGAGCACUGUAAGUUAUGAUACACUUUUAUAGAAAAAACUGUUGGGAAAGAUUUUGUUAGCAACAAGUAUGUUUAUUAAGAGUAGACAACACCAAAAUAUACUGAGAGAAUCUUAAGUUUGGAUGGUAGUACGUACUCAAGUGUCAAAUGCAGUAUGUUUUUAAAUUAAUAAUUUAAUGAUGUGAAAAAGAAACCUUUGAAAACUUUUAAGAGAUAUUUGUUCUAAAGAAUUAAAUUUUGUUGUGAUUUUUAGCUUCCCAUGGCAUUAUACAGUUUUAUACAAACUGGUGCUUAAAUUUCUUUUGCAUUGUAUGUUGAGGCAUGUUGUACUGUACAAUUUGAAUUUUAAAAAGUUAAGUACAGUAACUUUAUGCAUUUGAAUUUGCCAGCAUUAUGCCUUCACAAUACUGUUUUCGAUAAUCUAAAUAUUUUUGAAAAAUGAGCCACUUGUGAAAUAUGGUUUGUGUACUUGCAAGUGUACUGGUCAUACACUUUACUGCAAAUGUCAUAGUUGUUUUAAACUAUGCUAUAUCAUAUGCCAUACUGUUGCUAGUUUCUCAAUACAGCUUGUACAUCAAUGUAUUGUGUGUGUAAUUUGUCAAGAGUAUAACUGUACCAUAAACAAGACCUAAAAUGCAUGGCAGUUAUUGUCAGUUAUGGAAUUCAGAAUUAAAAUACCUUUUUGGAUGAUAUAUAAUACUUCUUGCAGUCACUGUCUACCAGAUGCCCCUCAGGAAGCAAUAUUGAGUUAUUAUCAUUUGCUAACACUAACGCUUUUACUGGAUGUCUAGAUAUCUUAAAAGGUAUUUGUAACAUUGGUUUGAGAAGUCUCAAUUUACUUAUCUUUAUAUAAUGAUUGAGAGCUGACUAGUUCAUUUUACUUGUACAUAAGCUUGAUAUGAAAUGCGGCCUUAACCUAUGACCUAUUUCUAUACUUAGCCUAUUUAGAUAAAUUUUAUUUGAUUUUUUUACUGAAUGAAAAAAAAAUUGUAUAUUUGCUAAAAUCCUGUUGAAGGAUGUGCUAUUGUGAGGUGGUUCAUGGUGAAUUAUUUAACUACUUUAGAGUUGUAAAGAAUGCUGGUAACUUUGCACUGGUUGCUGUUCAAGUAUGACUGUCAUCGUUGUGGCUUUUUUCCACAGAAAGAGUGAUUAAGUUCUUGGUGAAAAUAACAAACUAAAUAUACUAAUAAGUAGGUAACAAGAUGAAUUUUAUAGUAAGUAUAGCAUUAUUUACCAUGAAGCACAUGAAGGUUUUCCCACAGUUAGUUCACAUUAUAAUGUUAAAAUUUCUAUUGAAGAUACAGAACUUGAGUAAGGCAUUUACAAGAACUGAAUUGAAUUGCAACGGCAGCAGCCUUACAAUGUGGUCUUCCUGUUUCAGUUCAAAGUGUGAAUUUUUGUAUGACAAACUAAAUUACCAAUUCUGAACUGUAUGUUACUACUUACUACUUGAUAAUCAUGAUAGUUUACUAGACAAUCGGGGAAUUAAUGGAAUGUCAUUUAAUAUAAGAAUGGUUAAUUUUAUAAGCAAGAGAUGUAGCCUAUCAAUUUUUAAUGGAAUGAAAACUUUGUGCCUUUGCACAAAAAUUAUCAAGACCUUAAUGUUUUAAUUUAAUAAUUUACAAAACCUAAAUAUUUUAAUUUAAUAAAUCACUUGAAUAUUUAUGAGAAACUUUUAAAUGUACUAAACAUUGAAUUUUUUGUUCUAUGCAUUUUGGAAUUGCUACAUCCCAUGUUUUGUGAUUUUAGCCAGUAUGAUUAUUUCAACCUUUUUUUUUAAUUUGUUUACAAUAUGCACAAGAAGUUUGUAUUUAAUAACUGUAAGUUGUUGGUAUUUGUUAAAAAACAAACAACUGUCAUUCAUUCAAGUAGUUUCUCCAAAAAAAGUUUAUCUGUUACCCUUUUUCAAAAGUAAUAGUUUUUACCAAUCUGUUCUAAACCCCUGAUAAAAUUAAAAUCUGUUCUUAAAAUUUGUAGUUUGUCAUCAUGGAAGGCAUUUCUGCCAGAAACGUAAGUUUUAAUGAACGCACAGUUUAUGUAAAGUGGCUGUCUUCAUUGCAUUAUAACUGUUGGAGAGGAAAAGUGGUUCAAAAUAUUCCAGCGGUUGCAAAGGCUCACCUUUCUUACAAGUGAAACAGCUGUACUGCACACAAGUGAAGUUGCUUUGGAAAGAACACAGACUUGUAUAUACUGCACCACUUUUAUGGUGCAUUUACCCAUCCUCUGAAAUUAAUUAUACCUUGUUUGCUACAUUAAUUUACAUUUUCAUAAGAGGAUUGCUUUGCAAGUAGAUUUACUUGGUGAAAGUAGAGGUUACAAAGGCUAGCUAUAUAUGGUACAAGUAUUUAUGGUUACAUAAGCUACUGACUACCAAUUUCUAGAGAUUAAAGCUAUAAAAUAGAAUUGUACCUUUCAAAGUACGUAAACCAACUCCUCGUGACUUAAAUUCAGUUAACAUAAGGUUCAAUAAAUAAUCAUCUUGAUUAGUUUCUCAUUCCAAGGUACAGUAUAUAUUAAGACUUUGAUUUCCUCACAAACAAACUGUGCAAAUAAGAAGAUAAUUAUUAAUUAAAAGUUGACAGUUUCAUCUGCAUUUGUUUCAUCUUGACUGCAAUACUGUACCUAUAUACUUCUUUCAAUAUUAAUCAAUUUUUUUUGCAUGUUGAUUGUAGACAUGUCAAGUGUGCCUUUACUGGCUAAUGAUAAAAACUAACAGCCAAGCAAUAAGGAAUCUAUUGCUGGAGUCCUUGUACCAUAUAUCUAACUUGAAAGGGUUUGUCAGUUUCAGUAGCCUUUAGUUUGUAUUUAUAAUAGAUAUUGAACUUUUAACACUUGUCAAUACAUAUCAAUACCUCUUUUGAUAUCUUAAUGUCCAGAUGGUUUCAACUAUAGUUUAGCCUCUCUCCAUUGUAAUAUGCUACAUUAAAGUUAAAUUUUGAA